AUGGUUGUAGAGACAAACGGUGCUCCAACACAAGCUGCGGAAACGCCUGCUGACCCCGUCGAUAAGGUUGAAACAAACCAGGAUACUCCCAAGAAAGCUCCAAAAAAUGAAACUCCCUCAUCCCCAACUGCGGCUGCAGAUGGAGUCAUCAAAACGCCGUUUGCGUCGCCCUUAGAAACCUGCAAGCCAGAGCCUCCUGCAGAGUUAACCUCUGAACAACAAUCGAAAUACGAGCAGCUUCUUACGACUGUUUCCGAAUGGACGACAGUUCCUACUACGACGGCAAAGAAUGCGCCCACGGAGCCUAUCACAGACGAUGAUCGUAUGUUCCUGACACGCGAAUGUCUGCUUCGAUAUCUCCGUGCUACCAAGUGGGACUUGAGUGCCGCCAGCAAUCGACUCAGGGGAACUCUGACCUGGCGCCGUGAGUAUGGCCUUGACAAACUUACACCCGACUAUAUCUCGGUUGAGAACGAAACAGGCAAGCAAGUCAUUCUUGGAUACGAUGUGAAUGCUCGACCAUGUUUGUAUCUGAUCCCAGCCAGACAGAACACUGAGUACAGUGAGCGACAACUGGAGCACCUUGUGUUUAUGGUGGAGCGUGUUAUCGACCUCAUGGGCCCUUAUCAAGAAUCUUUAGCAUUGCUGGUGAAUUUCAGUGAUAUGCGAUCAGGGCAAGGCUCAACAAUUGGUCAGGGCAGACAAACGCUGAGCAUUCUCCAAAACCACUACCCAGAACGCCUUGGUCGGGCUCUCGUCGUCAAUAUACCUUUCCUGGUUCACGGAUUCUUCAAGCUUCUUUCGCCAUUUAUCGACCCGCUGACGAGGACAAAGCUCAAGUUUAACGAGGACCUCCGUAAGCACGUUCCACCUGCGCAGCUGCUCAAAACCGUAGGCGGAGAAGUAGAAUUCGAGUAUGAUCACUCGAAGUACUGGCCAGAACUGAACAAGCUGUGUGAACAGCGACGAAAGGGGUACUUUGAGAGAUGGAUCCAAGGCGGCAAGAUCAUCGGAGAGCAUGAAACCUAUCUGAAAGGCGGACCCGACAAGGGCCGCAAUGCAAGCCAGGCAGCGGUUCCAACGGUUGAGGGAAAGACGGAACGCUUGGAGGUCAACCACCCCCAAGCCAACAACGAGCAAUCCGGCGACGCAAUCACGCCAGCAUAG